UUUUUGUCCCUCCGGUCGCUCCGUACAGUGACAGACGUUGUUGUGGUGAAUCGCUGAGUCGUCCGUGCGUCGUCGGUUCUGUCGUGUCUCUGUCGGUGUCUGUGUCCACACUCAGAGACACAGCGUGGACGCUACACCUGAACACACACUGCAGUGAACAGAAUGUCCUCUAAAGGUGGAGGAACAACUUUGAGCAGAAGAAACUGCAGACUCUCCUCAGACACACACACAGCUACAUGUACAGGUUUACUGAAUGACAAACUGCUCAGUGACUUCCUGUAUCAUGUCUUUCCCACGACCAAUCAGGGACCUACAGUGGCAUUGCUCAGGAAGUCUCUUGGUUUCCAGGAUCUUACGUCUCACCUGGACAAACUGUUGAGUGAAGGAGAAUCAUCUGAGGAGAGCAGAGAUCAGGCAGUAGAAGGUCGUCUUGGUCCUCAGCCUGUCGUCCUGGAUCACACCAGCGGCUUUGAAGGACUUCUGUUUGUAGACGACGACCUGCUGGGGGUGAUUGGACACAGUAACUUCAGCUCCAUCAGAGCCACAACAUGUGUUUAUACAGGGAAGUGGAUCUACGAAGUUCUGAUCUCAUCACAGGGUCUGAUGCAGAUCGGUUGGUGUACUCUGAGCUGUCGCUUUAACCAGGAGGAAGGUGUUGGUGACACACCUGAUUCUUACGCAUACGAUGGAAACAGGGUGAGGAAGUGGAACGUCACCACCACAAACUAUGGAAAGUCAUGGGCGGCGGGCGACAUCGUCAGUUGUCUUAUUGAUCUGGACGAGGGAAGCAUCACAUUCUGUUUGAAUGGACAGUCUCUGGGGACGGCCUUCACCAACAUUAAGACGGGUCCUGGCGUCGCCUACUUUCCUGCCAUCAGUUUGUCCUUUAAAGAGUCGGUGGCGUUUAACUUUGGGAGCCGCCCACUCAGGUAUCCUGUGGACGGUUACCUGCCGCUGCAGGACCCGCCCACUGCUGACCUGACCAAAGCCCACAAGCUGCUGGGCUUCAUCAAGAAUGUCCUGUCCACUGCCAUCGACCUGCAGGACGACCAGCUGCUGCACAAAGACCCUGCGGUGUGGAGACUUCAUGGAGACGCCACUGUCCUCCUCACACUCGCUCACAUCUUCAACCACUUUGCUCCACUCAUGUGUAAGGUGUACCUGGUGGAGGACGUCCUGAUGAACUUCCUGUUGGGAAUUCUGGAAGGAGGAGGAUCAGUGGACGAACAUCCACUGAUUCAACAACUCCUGGAUUUAUUUUGGCUGCUGAUGGAGGACUACGAGGUGAGCGAGUGUCUGAAACAGUUGAUGAUGUCAUUACUCAGAGCCUAUCGUUUCUCUCCGAUCAUUCCUGACCUUGGUUUUCAGAUCCACUAUCUGCGUCUGACCACAGCGAUUCUGCAUCAUGAGAAAUCCAGAAAGUACCUGCUCAACAACGUCUUAUUCGACGUUCUUCGCUCUGUCGUCUUCUUUUACAUCAAGACUCCUCUGAGGGUGAAGGAGGCGGGGCUUGAGGAGCUCAUCCCCACCACCUGGUGGCCAACGCACUUUGACAAAGAGGGAAAGGCCGAGCGAGAACCUGAAGACGAGAGUGCAGACGAGCGAGUGAGACGUCGAGCGUACGAGCGUGGCUGUCAACGUCUGAAGAAGAGGAUCGAAGUGGUGGAGGAGUUGCAGGUUCAAAUCCUUAGGCUGCUGCUCAACAACAAAGACAAAUCCACGGGAGAAGCUUCUCGAUACAUUUUUCUCAACAAGUUCAGGAAGUUUCUGCAAGAAAACGCCAGUAAUAGAGGACACCCCACAGCUCUGUGUCCUCCUGAGUACAUGGUGUGUUUUCUUCACCGUCUCAUCACGGCGGUCAGAAGCUGCUGGAACGACACUCACAGGAAAAGUGUGAGCAGUGUCAGGAGUGAAGAAGCCUACGUUCCUCCUCAGCUCUUCUACAAUGGGAAGGUGGAUUACUUUGAUCUCCAGAGACUGGGAGGACUCCUGUCUCACCUGAAGAAGACACUCAAGGACGACCUGGCGAGUAAAGCCAACAUCCUCAUUGACCCUGCAGAGAUUCAGACCACGUCCAUGGACGACCUGGACGAGGACGAGGAGAGCGGAGCAGCUCAGAGGCCGGUUGGUGCAGCAGCGAUGGGCGGAGCUCUAGCAAGGCCCAGCUGGUUGAGUUCUCCCACUCUGGGUCGAGCCAACCGGUUCCUGAGCACAGCCGCGGUCAGUCUGAUGACGCCCAGAAGACCACUGAGCCAACCGGAGAAGGUGAAGGUCCGGACCCUGGCGGUGGAGCAGAGGACAGAGGAGGACAUUGAAGGUAGCCACGGCAACGACGGCUUGUUGCUGGGGCGACCGCUGGACGAACCCAACCAGCAGGUGGCGGACAAGUCGCUACUGGAGAUAGUGGACGGGAUCGUGAUGAUGUACAACCUGAGUGUUCACCAGCAGCUGGGGAAGAUGGUGGUGGUUUCAGACGACGUCCAUGAGUAUGCGGUGGCUCUGAAGGACACGGACGAGAAGAUCGCACGAUGUCCCACACCAAGGGCAGACAUCUUGGACGAGCUGCAGAAGAGUCACAAGGUUUUUUCAGAGAAGUUAAAUCACCUGAGCAGACGACUCGCCUGGAUCAACGCCACCAUCUACUCCAAGGAGAAGAUGUUAGACGUGUACUGGCUCCUGUGUGUUUGCAUCAGAACCAUCGAACACGCCGACAACACAGGCUCGCUGUUCGCCUUCACACCUGAGUUUUACCUGAACGUGGCCAUGAACGCCUACAGCGCUCUGAAGAACUACUUUAGCCCCGCCCACAGCAUGGAGGAGCUACCAGGGUACGAAGAGACUCUAACACGGCUCGCUGCCAUCCUCGCCAAACACUUUGCAGAUCCACGCAUCGUAGGAACAGAUUUCAAAGACUCUCUGAUGCAGGCCCUCGCCAGCUACGUCUGUUAUCCACAAUCCCUCAGGGCAGUGGAGAGAAUCCCAGAAGAGCAACGCGUGGCCAUGAUGAGGAACCUGCUCGCUCCCUAUGAACAGAGACCCUGGGCCCAGACCAACUGGAUCCUGGUCCGGCUGUGGAGGGGGUGUGGCUUUGGUUACAGAUACACUCGUCUUCCUCACCUGCUGAAAACCAAACCUGAGGACGUGAACCUGCCCAGUCUUCAGAAGCCGUGUCCGUCAGUCCUGCUGCAGAGACACAUGGCGGAGCUGCUGAGCACAGACAAAGACAUGGCUGCGUCUUUCCUCAACAGCGUCCUCAACCAACUCAACUGGGCUUUUUCUGAGUUUAUAGGCAUGAUCCAAGAGAUCCAGCAGGCUGCAGAGCGUCCAGAGAGAAACUUUGUCAACGCUCGACAGUUGAAGGUGUGUGCGACCUGCUUUGACUUGUCCGUCAGUCUGCUUCGCGUUCUGGAGAUGACCGUCACUCUGGUACCUGAGAUCUUCCUGGACUGGUCCCGCCCCUCAGCUGAGCUGCUCCUCCGACGAUUAGCUCAGCUGUUAAACCAAGUUCUGAACAGAGUCACAGCUGAGAAGAACCUGUUUGACCGUGUGGUCAACUUAAGACUGCCAGGUCUGGAGAGUGUCGAUCACUACCCCAUCCUUGUUGCUGUGACAGGAAUCCUGGUUCGGGUCCUGGUGGACGGAGACAGACAGGGGACGUCUCGGGCCGCCUCCGUCCUUCUGUCUGAUCCGUGCUUCCAGCUCCACUCCAUCCAGUACCUGUUAGGAGAGGGGGCGGAGCCUUCCUUCAGCUCCUCCUCCACUGCCUGUCCUGUAGUUGGAGCGGUGGUUUCGUCCGUGGCUCCUCCCCUUCCUGUAAGCCCAGGAAACGCCGGCUCGUCAGAGCGUAAACACUUCUCCCUGCACACGUACACUGACUACAUCAGUGACCAUGAGAAAAACAAGGUGGAGCUCAUGUUGCUGUUUCUCACUGAAGAAUCUAAACAGGCUGCAGCCUGCACAGCUCCGACCAGUGAAGAAGACCUGUGUCCAAUCUGCUACGCACACAACAUCUGUGCUGUGUUUAGACCCUGUUCACACAAGUCCUGCAAAGCGUGUAUCAACCAACACCUGAUGAACAACAAAGACUGUUUCUUCUGCAAAGCUACGAUCACAGGAGUGGACGACUACAACAAGACAGCAUGAUGAUGACGUCACUUCCUGUCUGUCAGUCAGGUGACUGAAACAAAGCAUGGUUGUUUAUUUACUUUGUUUAUGAUUGACGUGAAAAUAUUUAAAUAAAAAAUAAAUAUAAGCAAAUCUUUUUCUUUUCAACGUCUUUGUGAGUUUUUAGAAUCUGAAGUGUUCACAAUAUAAACUUAAGUUUUUUCUCAUAAUAAUAUCAACAAUAAUAACAUGUUUGUGUGAAACUAAAAUAUAAAUGUAUCAAAUAUUUAACCACAAUAAAAGAUUUACCCUGAUCACAUGA